AGGCUGGGAGAGCAGACCACUUACCUAUUGGUUUGCAAGUGACACCCUGAUUCUAUUGAAGCAUACUUCAGUGCCAAACAAUGAAUCGUGGAUAUAUAGAAAAUAACAACAUCCCAUACGACAAUAGUCAAAUGGUUUUGGAUAUGAUUCUUUGUUCUUUAAUCGGGGUUCCUCAGCCUAUCAACUGGGACAGUGUGGCAAGAUUGGUUCCAGGCUAUUCAUCUAAAGAGUGUGCAAAAAGGUUUGAUGAGCUGAAAAGCAGUGGUUCUCCAGUUGAUAACCAGUUCAAUCCACUAAUGGCUAGUGGUGUGAAACCUGUGGAAACACUAGCUGGUUAUAUUAAAUCAUCACUUCUUAAUGCCCAGGAUGAGUUACAAGAACCUUCUAAUGAAAAUGAUGCAAUUUCUCUAAAUGGAAAGCCAAGCAUAGCUUCCUCAAGGAAUUGCUCUUCAGAAAAUGAAAAAUGCCCUGUGCUUAAAGGUGGAGAAAAUGCUGAUGAAACUAAAGGGCCAAAUAUGGUGAUCCAUGUGUGUGAUGAAGCAAAAAAUCUGAAGGAAGAUUUUGUUUGUCCACGAGAUCUAUUGAUUUCUGAAAUGAAAUACUUUGCUGAAUAUCUAUCAAUGGAUGCCCAACGCUGGGAAGAAGUAGACAUUUCAGUUCACUGUGACGUUCACAUCUUUAACUGGUUGAUAAGAUAUGUUAAAAGGAACACUAAGGAAUAUGAGGUUGAUGAAAUACCCACCUUAGAACCAAGCAAUGUCAUUUCAAUUCUUAUUUCGUCUGAGUUCCUAAAGAUGGAUUCUUUAGUGGAAAAAUGUGUUAAUUAUUGCCACAAGAAUAUGAGUACAAUUGUAGCCACGCCGUGCAAUAUGAACUGCAUUAAUGCUAACCUACUAACCCGCAUAACCGAUCUUUUCACACAUAAUGAAGUAGAAGAGGUGAAGGACAAGAGAGAUAAAUUUAAGAGCAAACUUUUCUGUAAGAAGAUAGAAAGACUGUUUGAUCCCGAGUAUCAGAAUGCAGAUUCUAAGGGAAAUGCUUCAACCCUGUACAGGUGUUAUUUAUGUAAGAAACUUCUUAUUAAGGACACUGAAAGAAAAAUCCCAUGUAUUCCUGGAAAGAUUAACGUGGAUCAAUAUGGAAAUAUUAUCUAUAUUCACAUAAGAGAUAAAUCUUGGGAUAUCCAUGAGUAUCUCCUGAGUCUUUUUGAAGAAUUAAAAUCAUGGCGAGAUGUAUACUGGCGUCUUUGGGGAACUAUAAAUUGGCUGACGUGUUCAAGGUGUAAUCAAACUUUCCUGUGCACUGAGUUUUCACAUUGCCAAUACCACCCUCAACCAGUCCUCUAUCCUGGUGUAGCAAGCUCUCUUGGUUCCACUGGCACUGGAAUAUAUCCCUGCUGUAAUCAAAAGGUUCUUAGAUUUGAUCCUGCUCCUAUUCCAAAAGGAUGUAAAGUAAGGGAUCAUGUGAUUGGCUUGCCUGCUGGAGGUGAAGGUGGGGAUAAUGUACCCUAUCAGACAACUAAAAUACUGAAUGAUCUGAUUCAGCACCGAAAUAUUAUUGUUCUGCCUUUUUCAAAAAUCCAGAACAGCAAUUCUGGAAUAGGGCUGAAUGAUGAGAAGGGUAUUGAAUAUGAUAUUUUAUUGGAGCCAAAUUCAUCAUGGGGGCCCAAAGCAGGAGAAAUUAAUGCUUUCCUUUCUUUGAAAAACUGGACUCUCCAGCUGAAACAACAGUUGUUGCUUUCAGAAGAUGAUGAAUACACAACUGGAUCUGAAGUCACAGAGGAUGAAGUAGGUGAUGAAGAAGAAGUGUCCAGGAAAACAGGAAGAAAAGAGAGGCCAAAAAAAAAUAUCAGAAAUCCAAAGAAGCAAGCGUCUUCACCUAAUAUUCAAAAGAAGGAAAAAACAUUGGAGAAGUCUAACUCUCAAGACAUAUCUCCCUUUAUCAUGAGUAUGCAGCAGAGUAAGUGGGAUCCUUCCAGAUCACUGAGAUUCAAUCAAGAUGCUCAAAGAGAAGAAGAUCAGCGGCGAAUGAUUGAAAUAACAGGACAUCUAAUAAAAAUGAGGCUUGGGGAACUUGAUCGCAUAAAAUCAAAAGAAAACAAAGAAUCUGCAGCUGGAAUUUAUGCAAGACUUGAAGCUCAGAUCAGGGCAGCAGCACAAGUCAAUAUUCGUCAGAAUAUCCCUGAAAAAAUUAUAAGGACAAAGACUCGGUUUGGCCAAAGCCGCCCAACCUAGAAACAAAACACAGAUCUUCCGCGUUGAAGCCAAAGCACUUUUCUGCUUUCUGCAGCUGCACUGGAUUCCAGAGCCUCGGCAUGCUUCUUCCUAAAGCUUUCAGUGACUGACAUGACUGUCUGCCAUGUUAACUAAUUAUUUU